GGUUAAUCAAUAAAAAGUAUUAUCACGCUACCCAUUCUCACUCGCUACACACGAAUCAGUUGUCAGGGUAGUCAGAAGUCGCACAAAAUAAUAAACACGUCUUUAGUCAGCUGUCACCCUCGAGCAGCUCCGACUGCCUACCAGGGCUGGAGGCGACGAGGCCCCGCCCACACUGCACGGACGUCACAGCUCCCUGAACGGUGAUUGGCCGCCCGCCCGUGGCGCAGGGAACAAGUGGUUGCUACCAGGACCAAUUGUCCUCACUCUUGAACUUCCACUGCCACAAGAAGCUACGGUGACAGAUCAGUGACAAGUAUCUCCAUCCUCAUCGGCAUACAACCGGCAGGCAAACCGGCGAACAUAGCUCCCAACGUGUGCUUUCGGAAACAAGGUGGCGCCAUGCACCUGGAGCACGACCCGAGCGGUGACCUGAUGGGCCAGCAGCAGCUGUCCCCGGCGCUGGCCACCAGUUUCUCUCUGCCGGAGGACGCGGCGUCGCUGCUGGGCGCGCUGCUGCACCCGGACGGCUGGCCGCCGCCGGAGCUGGCGGCCGCCCAGCGGCGCGCCAGCAGCCAGGCGGGCUCGCUCAGCCCGCUGGCGCUCAGCCCGCGCACAUCGCUCGAGCUCGGCCUGCGCGCCAAGCGGCCCCUCUCGGCGUCUCCGUUCCCGCUGGAGGCUGUGGACGGCCCGAUCCGCGGACCGGCCAACUCUCUGCAGGUCGAGCCGGCCCCCGGUGUUGGAGGUAACUACGGUCACGCGCUGCGGCCGGCCGGCGGCCAGCUGCCGCCCUUCCAGUCUCUGCGGCCCGCGGAGGCGGCCGGCUGGCCCUCAGAGGCGGCGCACAACAACUACAUGGUACUGCCGCAGAGCCAGUCGCACCUGCUCAAACAGGAACCGGUGGAGCACGGGCAGCUGCUGCGCCCGGAGCCGAUCGGUCAGACCCAGAUACUGCGACAGGAGCCGCUGGGGCAGACCCAGAUACUGCGACAGGAGCCGGUCGGCCAGACCCAGCUGCUCAGACAGGAGCCGGUCGGCCAGGCGCAGCAGCCGCCCCGAUACGAACUGUGCACCGGCCAGGGGCGCGACUCGCCGCUGCAGGACCGUCCGUUCAGGCAGUACUCUGCCGAGCUGGCCGGCUGCACCUUCAAACAGGAGGUCGAGUCGAGCCAGUCGCCGUUCCCCGGUAGUUACGGCAGCGGCGCGGCGCUGGAGCCGGCGUCCACCAGGGCUCAGUCUCCGCCGACCGCCGGUCCUCUGCCGUGUCUGUGGGCCGGCUGCGCACUCCAGUACGACCGGCAGACGGCGCUGGUCAAGCACAUCGAGAAGGUGCACGUGGACAGCCGCGGCUGCGACGAGUACACCUGCUACUGGGCAGAGUGUCCGCGGCAGCAGAAGCCGUUCAACGCGCGCUACAAGCUCAUGAUCCACAUGCGCGUCCACUCCGGGGAGAAGCCCAACCUCUGCACGUACGAGGGCUGUAAUAAGGCAUUUUCCCGGCGUGAGAAUCUGAAGAUUCAUCUUCGAUCGCAUACUGGGGAGAGGCCUUAUAACUGCGAGUUUCCCGGAUGUCCGAAGGCCUUCUCAAACAGUUCGGACCGAGCCAAACACCAGAGGACGCACAAAGACGCUAAGCCGUACAUGUGCCAGGUUCCCGGGUGCAAUAAGCGCUACACGGACCCCUCGUCGCUGAGAAAACACAUCAAGAACCACACGGCGGCCGAACAGUCGGUCUCACGGCAAAAGUUCCAGGUGGAGCUGGCAGACAUUGUCAGUUACGACGGCCCUCCGGAGCAGUGGUACGGCACUGAGCCUCAGCACCAGCACCAGCACCAGCCUCAGCACCACCAGCAGCUUCAGCACCAGCCUCAGCACCAGGCUCAGCUGUCCGAACAGCAGCAGGGAGACUGGCGCUGUCAACCACAAGUGGGCGCCGCUGCCGGCACUGCCGCCUGGUGGUGGGACGCCGCACUAACUGACGCCCUGGAAGUUCCAGAGCUGCUGAACUUCCCCACCGACCAGACCGUGCUUCAGUGAGGUGGCAGCGCCGGCGGUCGCUUCAAGCUGGGUCACGGAUCACCGCUGGCCAAAACCAGCUUCAAGUUGGACCAAGGAGCGCCCGAGCCGAUUCGAGCCGGGCGAGGCUCUAUGCUCCUAACAUAGACGGUUGUUAGCCGAGUGCUACAAAUGCCUCGCGAAUGCGAGUUGGUUGGUCGUCAUAGGCCGACCAAAAAAUAGGCCAGUUGUGUGAGCUUAUUCGACCAUUAAGUACUGCAAUGCGUUCAUCCAUAACUUGUACAAAGGUGUGUUUACAAGCGGUGAUCUCUAAGAAGGGACCAAGUUGGAAUUCCGUGUAUUUAAGAGUGUGUAGUUUGCCGCUGAUAUUUCAAGGAAGCUGUGGUGUUCACGUUCCGUCUUUGUGUUGCCACCAUGGCUAUGUUUGGUGUUGUAAUGCUAGCGGCUACUGGCGCGUUUCGUGAAAGCUCUUCGAAAUGUGCGUACCUAGAUGUCCAUUUGGAGAUUCUCCAUGAGUGCAGCCGUAAUGGCAAGCUCUUUAGUGCCGGUUUAAACUCAGGCCUGCUUUUCAAGUACAACUGAAAACUUAAAAGCCAGUAGCCGCUAGUGCCAACGCGGCGAAAAGGCCGAUGCUUCGAUGUUGUGUAUGCUUGUAAAGGUAAGAUAUAUUGCCCACGAGGCAGCCAUGUUUGAAAGGGAGGCCUACUACGACCAAUCUGCGGUGUGGCAAGAAUAGGAGCCACCACGUAUUUCAUAGGCAAUAACGGUAGGUGGCGCUGGUGUACAGCGCUGCAGCAGGGAUCGCGGAGGGGCCGCCCGAAUGAGCCAGGGACGGGACUGCGGUCGCCGCGCUGUCUUUCACAAGACAAUGACCGGGCAUUUAGCAGACAUUCGACGUUGUGCAGGCGGGCGUUUUAGUGCAGAUGUUGUCUAUGUGCGGGCGGGUGUGUGUGGGACCAGAACGCUGCCGCAGUCUUUCAUUGUGCCUUUGCUGUCUGUGCGACAGCCCAGCGUGAGCCGCUGUUCCACUCGCAUGCUAGCCCCGACUGUAAAUACAACUCGGCCGAUGAGAAAAAUCACUGUGUAUUUCACCCCGAUCAGAAUCUCUAGCGGUACAGACCAAGCGGAUUCACACGCGCAUAUGAUUGAUUGAAGCAGGGAGCACCACUGGUAGCGGUCCCUAGCGGCGGCCCACAGAAGCUCAGCCGCCGUGGAGCCACAGAGCAGUCUCCAAGGCUAGGGUGAGCACGCCGCUCGUCCUCGCCCCAAACACACAGCAACGUGCACCAGAUCGUGGGUGCACCACGGUCGCGACAAUGCAAAGAUACUGAUUACCCUGAUUAGAUAAAUCUUACAAAUGCAUGAACAAUGCAGACACAAUAACAUCAAGCGCAUACAAAAGUAAAUUAAUAAGAAGCACUAAGCACGCACA